AUGGAAACCUGGAAUAACACAAAGGUUCCCAACUUCAUCCUUAUGGGGCUGACUGACUCUGGAGAGAUGCAGGUGGCCCUCUCUGUGCUGUUUCUCCUGAUUUACCUAAUCACUGUGUUGGGAAACCUAGGCAUGAUCAUGAUAAUUCACCUAGAUCUCCAGCUUCACACCCCUAUGUAUUUUUUCCUCACUCACCUCUCAUUCAUUGACCUCAGUUACUCAAGUGUCAUCACACCUAAAACUCUAGAGAACUUACUGACUUCGACCAAGAACAUUUCCUUCAUGGGCUGCUUCACCCAGCUCUACUUUUUUGUUUUAUUUGCUGGUGCUGAAAUUUUUCUCCUCUCUGCCAUGGCCUAUGAUCGCUAUGUGGCUAUCUGCAACCCCCUACAGUAUCCUGUAAUAAUGUCCUCAAGAUUCUGUUGGACUCUUCUUGCUGGGUCGUAUAUGACUGGCAUUUUAGAUUCCUCUGUCAAUGUUAUUUGCAUGAGUAGAUUGACUUUCUGCAACUCCAAUAUCAUCCAUCACUUUUUCUGUGACACAUCGCCCAUGUUAGCUCUAUCCUGCAGGGACACAAGUGAUAUUGAAAUGAUGAUAUUUAUUCUUGCUGGUUCUACUCUAAUGAUGUCCCUUAUCACAAUAGCCAUGUCCUAUGCAACUAUUCUGUCCACUAUUCUGAAAAUUAAAUCCUCUUCUGGAAAGCAGAAAGCCUUUUCCACCUGUGCCUCCCACCUGCUGGGGGUCACUAUUUUCUAUGGCACUAUGAUCUUUACCUAUUUAAAACCCAAGAAGUCCUACUCCCUGGGAAAGGACCAAGUGGCUUCUGUGUUUUACACCAUUGUGAUCCCCAUGCUGAAUCCACUCAUUUAUAGUCUUAGGAACAAGGAAGUGAAAAAUGCUUUCUUUCGUGUUAAGAAGAAAACAGGGGGCUCUAGGCAACUAAAAGGACAGUGA